AUAUAACGGACUAUGCUCUACGCCCUGUCGUGCUCUCAGGCCAGGUGCCAACUUAUGCUGGACAUAUACGACGCAAGAUAAUUGAGGAUGACCACGUUCACGAAUCCCAGUGUCUUUCUUUCCGAGUUGCAGACGACAAAUUACAUGAAUGUCGCUGGUUUGGCAAUUUGGGUGUUCGAUUACAUCCUAUCAUUCGACUAUGAGGUUCGUUGGGUAUGGGGAAGGAAGUGGGAUUUCAUGCGGGUCUUGUUCACGCUCUCGCGCUACGUGACGUUUUCUGCUGCUAUCAUGACUGUAUACGCUGCUGUGCAUACUCAGAGAGGAAACUGCGUUCCAUUUAGCACUGGCUCGGCUGUUAUCUACGUUUUAUGCGUCGUCUUUGCGGAAGGUCUGCUCCUCAUGGGGACACUAGCAUUUUGGGACCGUAGCAAGAAAUUGACGGCAUGGUUGCUGGCGUUUGCUGUGGUCUUGGUCAUAGGAGCUGCUUUGUCAAGUAAAAUAAGAGAUUCAGGCAGCCAAACUAACCCAGGAGGAUGUGUUUUCACAAGUAAAAAAUCUGGUGCUAUCCAAUAUGCCUUCCUUGCUGUCUAUGAAUCUGUGCUGUUAUCGCUGAUGACCUACAAGAUGAUGAAGCAGUAUCGGCAUACGAGUAGUUGUGUGAUCAUUACGCUGUAUAAGGGCAGUAUGAUGUAUGCGGGGUGUAUGAUCACUGUAUCGGUAGCUAACGUUAUUAUUCACGUUGCCAUGCCGCAUGGAUAUACCAACGCACUUGACACAUUGCAACUCGUACUACACAGCAUACUAGCAUCGCGCAUUUUGUUCAACUUGCGGGAAAGUCAUGCCCAUGCGCAAGCAGAUACAUUGCCUGUGUCGACUGUGCAGUUUGCGGGUAUGAAGGAGGUUCAGGUUUGUCUACCGUUGAAACUUUCCGAACACGCCAAGGACACGCGAAAUAGACCAUUAGAGCUUGGAUGUUCAGAGCUGGUGGUAUGAGAGCGGAUUCAUGAUGAUUAGGCAGCUAGAGCGUGUAAGAGACGAGGUGAAGUUUGUAUUUUAACACUAUUCUAUAGCCUGCGGAUUUCUGAGAGUUUACUUGACGUUUUGCGGCUGUAUCUGUAUACUACUGAGAAUGUUGUAACGCAUGGCAUGAAUGAUUGUGACAACUCACCUGGUCAUUCCCGCGAGCAAAGGCCCCAUUUCUACAUGCAGAUACCCGAUAUCUUCACAAAAUUGUCAUACUCAAGAAUGAUACUUCAUAUUCA